CCACCGCCGCCGCCGCCAUCACCACCGGUCGUCGGCCUCGCCGUGGCCCCUGUCGAGCGACGGCGCCGGGCCGGUUGGCAGGAUGACGGACACCCGGCGGCGGGUGAAGGUCUACACGCUGAACGAGGACCGGCAGUGGGACGACCGGGGCACCGGCCAUGUGUCCUCGGGCUACGUGGAGAGGCUGAAGGGCAUGUCCCUCCUCGUCCGAGCCGAGAGCGACGGAUCUCUGCUUUUGGAAUCCAAAAUCAAUCCUAACACUGCAUACCAGAAGCAACAGGACACUUUGAUUGUGUGGUCUGAAGCAGAAAACUAUGAUUUGGCUCUUAGCUUUCAAGAAAAGGCUGGAUGUGAUGAAAUUUGGGAAAAAAUAUGUCAGGUUCAAGGAAAAGACCCUUCAGUGGAUAUUACUCAGGACCUUGUGGAUGAAUCUGAGGAAGAACGUUUUGAUGAUAUGUCAUCACCAGGCCUAGAAUUGCCAUCUUGUGAAUUAAGUAGACUUGAAGAAAUUGCAGAACUUGUGGCAUCUUCAUUGCCUUCCCCCUUGCGUCGCGAGAAACUCGCACUAGCACUGGAAAAUGAGGGCUACAUUAAAAAGCUCUUAGAACUUUUUCAUGUGUGUGAAGACUUGGAGAAUAUUGAAGGACUACACCACUUGUAUGAAAUUAUCAAGGGAAUCUUCCUCUUGAAUCGAACUGCACUUUUUGAAGUCAUGUUCUCUGAGGAAUGUAUAAUGGAUGUAAUUGGAUGCCUAGAAUAUGAUCCUUCUUUGUCUCAGUCACGGAAACACAGGGAAUUUCUGACAAAAACAGCCAAGUUUAAAGAGGUGAUUCCCAUAUCAGAUCCUGAGCUGAAACAAAAAAUACAUCAAACAUAUAGAGUUCAGUAUAUUCAAGAUAUGGUCUUACCCACCCCUUCAGUCUUUGAGGAAAAUAUGUUAUCAACUCUUCACUCCUUCAUCUUUUUUAAUAAAGUGGAAAUUGUUGGAAUGUUGCAGGAAGAUGAAAAAUUUCUGACAGAUUUGUUUGCACAACUAACAGAUGAAGCCACAGAUGAGGAAAAGAGACAAGAAUUGGUAAAUUUCCUAAAAGAGUUCUGUGCAUUUUCUCAAACAUUACAACCUCAAAACAGAGAUGCAUUUUUCAAGACGUUGUCAAAUAUGGGCAUAUUACCAGCUCUUGAAGUCAUUCUUGGUAUGGAUGACGCCCAGGUGCGAAGUGCUGCUACUGAUAUAUUCUCAUACUUGGUUGAAUAUAAUCCAUCCAUGGUACGAGAGUUUGUCAUGCAGGAGGCUCAACAGAAUGAUGAUGUAAGUAAGAAGUUAACAGAGCAAAAAAUAACAAACAAGGAUAUUCUACUCAUUAACCUCAUUAUAGAACACAUGAUUUGUGAUACAGAUCCUGAACUUGGAGGAGCCGUCCAGCUUAUGGGUCUGCUUCGAACUUUAGUUGACCCAGAAAACAUGCUAGCCACUGCCAAUAAAACUGAAAAGACAGAAUUUCUGGGUUUUUUCUACAAACACUGUAUGCAUGUGCUCACUGCCCCUUUACUGGCAAAUACCACUGAAGAGAAACCUAGUAAAGAUGACUUUCAGACAGCCCAAUUACUGGCACUUGUUUUGGAACUGUUAACAUUUUGUGUGGAGCAUCAUACUUACCACAUAAAGAACUAUAUUAUUAAUAAGGAUAUACUUCGAAGAGUUUUAGUUCUGAUGGCCUCAAAGCAUGCUUUCUUGGCAUUAUGUGCCCUUCGUUUUAAGAGAAAGAUUAUUGGGCUGAAAGAUGAAUUCUACAACCGCUACAUAAUGAAAAGUUUUUUAUUUGAACCAGUGGUCAAAGCAUUUCUCAACAACGGAUCCCGCUACAAUCUGAUGAACUCUGCCAUUAUAGAGAUGUUUGAAUUUAUUAGAGUGGAAGAUAUAAAAUCAUUAACAGCUCAUGUAAUUGAUAAUUACUGGAAAGCACUGGAAGAUGUAGAUUAUGUGCAGACAUUCAAAGGACUGAAACUGAGAUUUGAACAACAAAGGGAGAGGCAAGAUAAUCCCAAACUUGACAGCAUGCGUUCCAUCCUGAGGAACCAUAGAUACCGAAGAGAUGCAAGAACACUAGAGGAUGAGGAAGAAAUGUGGUUCAACACAGAUGAAGAUGACAUGGAAGAUGGAGAAGCUGUGGUUCCUCCAUCUGAUAAAACUAAAAAUGAUGAUGACAUAAUGGACCCAAUCAGUAAAUUCAUGGAGAGGAAGAAAUUGAAAGAAAGUGAAGAAAAGGAGGUCCUGCUGAAAACGAAUCUCUCUGGUCGUCAAAGCCCAAGUUUCAAGCUUUCCCUUUCAAGUGGGACAAAGACUAAUCUUACCAGCCAGUCAUCUGCAACUAAUUUGCCUGGAUCUCCAGGAUCACCUGGGUCUCCAGGAUCACCAGGGUCUCCUGGAUCUGUUUCUAAAAGCACAUCUCAGACGGCAGCUAUUACUACUAAGGGAGGACUGGUGGGACUUGUGGAUUAUCCUGAUGAUGAUGAAGAGGAUGAUGAAGAUGAAGAUAAGGAAGAAACUCUAUCGUUGUCAAAGAAAGCAAAGCUUGAGUCAUAAUGGCAACUGCCUAGAUCAGUACCUGUUGAAAAAGAAAAACUUUUUUUUUCUCCCUCACACCCCCUAAAAAAUCCACAACAAAGCAGCAGUCUUUUGUGAAUGACUGACACAGAUCAGCCUUAUGCAUUUGGCUUUCUGCUAAUCAAGUGCCAAUUCAAUGGAGCAGAAGGAGGGGGAAAUUAAACAUUUAGGGGAAAGACUUAUGCCUUUGAGCUCUCCAGCUUGGACCACACAUUGCCCUUUUCUCAGGGAAGGAAAUGGAAAAAAAUAAAGCCAACAGGGCAGGAGUUUUGUAAGUGGAACUCUGGAUUGGCUGGUCAGUUGCUACAAUCAGAACAUGCUUUCUUGGACCAUGUACAAGACUAAGAAGAAUGGGCUUUUCUGCCACAAUUCUUCACAAGUUGAGAAUGCCAGCAGUUUCUUUAUAUAAAUGUAUAUAUAAAGAGACCUGCCUUUGAAAUCAUACAUUCUGAACAUUUUAGUCAAGCUACAACAGGUUUUAAAAACCUCUGUGGGGGAGGGGCCGAAUAGAAAGUUUCCUCUUUUUUAUCUGUUCCCUUUGCCCUUGAAACUGCAGAUUUUUUUUAUUUUUAUUUUUUUUAAAGUAGGGAUAUGUUACCUACUUGAUUAAAGAUUGAGUGAAAUUCUAGGUGUGGUCGUUUGUGUCAGAAUUUUUUUUGGUUUCUCUUUUGGGUUUUGUUGUUUUUGUUGAGUUAUUUUGCUCCCCUGAGUGUAUGCUUAGUUGUUGAGUAUAUAUUUGGGACCAUUAAAAUUUUUUUGAUGUAAUAUAAUCUAACUGUUGUGCUGGUACCUGUUUCAUCCUGUGUAAUUUUGUUCUCCAUCACAGUUCUUAAUCUGUUUAGGAUUUUAUGGAAAAUGGUAUAGUUUUUAUUGACAGAAGCAAAGUAAUCUUGCAUUAGUGUGCAUACAAAAGCAAUACUAUUUUGUGACUAAGUAUUUUAUAUUAAAAUUUACAUCAGCAACUGUCUUGAGAAACAAUUCAGGGAAAUAGGGUGGAAUUUUAAAAAUUAAAACAGUUUUGUUAAACCUAGAAAGUGAAUGAGUAUUCCAAAGAGAUCCUGAAAUUUCAUUUCUGGAAAGAAUGACGGUACACUUAUAAAUCAAAAUUUACGAUGGGUAAUUUAAGAGUAACACAUUUGACUUUUGAAAAAUAAAGUGAAAAUUCAGAAUAAUGGUAUUACUUGUAUUUUUUAAACCUUUCUUUGGAAUACCAAUUUGAGAUGUAGGAGAUGGUUCCAAAUUUCCUUUAACUAGAAUGACAUCAAUUUUGAUAACUCCUUUAAAACAAUUUUAGCAAACUAGCCAUUAUCAUUCACUUCCCCCUGUUUGCCAAAUUCUGAUAAAUUCAUUUUUGAAUAAAAUUAAAUGCUGAAAUA